AUGAGCUUAUUACAGCCAGCCAUGUUGAACAAACAAAAGUUUACGUCGGGACACAUUAGGUCUCGGUCGUAUAAUGAGCUUUUGAAUCAAUUCAAGGACAUAGCCGAAACCGGCGCCAUCGCAGCAGCUGCAGCUGUGUACAAGAAACGUGCUCGCGAAGAGCCCUCAAUGAACAUACAGUCGAAGCGUUCCAGAACUGCCCCUCCAUCUCCCCCAUCUCCCCCAUACGAAUCUGCAUCUUCUCCUUUAUCAUACUCGCUUUCAAUCAAACCGACCAAGUAUUCUAGAUCUCUCAGAUCCCGGUCGUUGUCGCCAAACAAGAGAUUUAAUCCAAUCUCACCCUCCCACUCACCCAACUCGUCCCCAGUCUCCCAACCAUCGCAACCAGAAAAGAUCAAGCUUCCAGGUAUCUCGUCGGUGUUGAACUCCGCUAUUGCCAAAGAUACCAAGCUUAAGCCAAUUGCACCCACGGUUUCGUUAGACUAUUUCGACACAUACAAGCCCAACGACGAAAACUGGAGGUACGAGCUUCUCGAUACUAUCAACAGAGGGUCCAAGCACUUCAAUUUGGACCAGUACAACUACUUGAACAAGGUAAAGCCCACUCCGUUGCCGUUGCCCUCGUACAAGCCCAGCUUCGACACGCGGAUCAGCUCCAAGAUCGCCAAGCCGCCUGUGCUUCCCAGCAUCAACCAGAUCCACCAUUCGGAGAGGAAGAUCAACUUCCCCUACGAGUCCAGCUAUACGUACUUGAACAAGACCUACUUGAACGACGUUGAAAAAUAUCCGGAAUAUUUAGAGUUGGCCCAGUCAUUGAUCCAGUUGUCGAAACCGGGUCACCCCCAGACGGCGUACGAGCCACCAUCUCCACGCCACGAGACACUCCCACCACGCCAGCCUCCAUCGCCUCUUGCACAUGCCCAAGUUCCAGUGCAGACCCAGCCAUCGCCAGUGCCUCAGGUCGCCAGCUACUAUUCUCCUCCCACGUCCCAUGAGCAGGUGCUCCAGCCUCCUGCUGUGGUGACGCCCACCAAGAGUCCUGUCCACAGCCACAAGUUCAUCCCCAUUUCGCCCCAGCUGGCCAAGAAGCCCAAGUCCGACGUCACCAAGUCGCCUCCCAAGCAACACGGAACCAAUCCCAGAGUGUGUAUCUCGUGUGGCUCGGAACAGUCGCCAUGCUGGAGGCCGUCGUGGUCCAUCAAGGAGGGCCAGUUGUGUAAUUCGUGUGGUUUAAGAUACAAGAAGACUUCUGCCAGGUGUCUCAACAAAAGCUGCAAAAAGAUUCCCGCCAAGGGCGAGUGGUCGCUCAUGCAAAGCAAGGGCAAAAUCAGCUUUGAGGAUGGCGAGGUGGGCCACAGCUGCUUGGAGUGUGGGUGGCGAGUGGAGGUGAAGAACUAG